CCCUGCUUCAGGCAUCAUCCUCAACUCACAUCACAAUUUGGAGGGGUAUUUGUCGAACAAACACUCCUCAUCUCGACCAGAUUUUGGAAUCUUAACUUCACCGCCAUUUUGACACUCGAAAGAAACAACGAUGACGGGGAUUAAAUUUUACGGCUCACAGGUCGGAGGACGCGGAACAACUGCAAAUACGCAUACGGGUUCGCCUGUCAGCCUCGUAAGACAAGAUGUUCAAUCUGCGUUAUCCUACGCGGCUUAUGUUCCCUUUAUAUUCCUCCCCUUACUCCCGCAACGUUCGGGCUGGCUAGGAGAACUCACACCGACCCGGGGAAACAGCUGGUCUUGUUUUCUACACGCUAUACUGUUGAUUCUUCAAGUUCCGUUCUUUCUCAGUGUGCCGUUCUGGUUAUGUUUUCCCGGAUGGGCUGUGUUGGCUGGUGUGAUUGUGUUUAUGGGCGUCAAUAACGGGAUAUGUUAUUUUUUGAAUGGAAGUAGGAUGGAAUUUAUAAGUAAUGAGAAGUAUGCGGAUGCGACUGCUCAUACGAGUGAACAGUGGGUAUUUCUGAAUGGAGUUGCAGCUGGGUAAGCGAAUCCCCCUUUCUGCUUUGUGUAAGCAAUGACUAACACACAUCCAACACAGUGAACACUGGCUGCAGACGAAUAUUGAUCGGCUAGCGCUGACUUUUGGUCGUCCAGUAAUCGGUCUACAUAACAAAACGUAAUUUUCCGUCCCUUCUCAUAUCACAAACUGUCUAACGUUCCACAGAAAUGGAAUCCUCUUCGAUAUCAUCCAAUGUCUCAUCCAACGAAACUUCAAAUACGCAACCAACGACAUCCGAACCUGCUACACCAAAGUAAAAAGCAUCCUCUACACGCAACACAUAACAAAAGUAGUAUUUGUUAUGCACUCUCAAGGCGCAAUCGAAGGAGUAAUGAUCCUCGAUUGGCUCUUGCAAGAAAUUCCCAUGGAUCUCCUCGCCAAACUAGAAAUCUACACUUUUGGAAAUGCAGCCAACCAUUUCAAUAAUCCACAUAAACAUCUACUUACCCAAGAGCGAGCACUUGCUCUUCAAUCGAGAAGGAAACGACCCGAGCACGGGAAAGCGAUUCGUCACAUUGAACACUACGUCCAUACCUACGAUUUCGUUGCAAAAUGGGGGAUCUUGAGUUUUCUUAAUCCUAGUAAAGCAUCACCAGAGGUGCCGCGAUUUAUGGGGAGAGCGUUUUUGAGAGAGGGAAAGGGUCAUCUUUUAACACAACAUUAUCUUGAUAGUAUGUUCCCAUUAGAGCCGGCACCGGAACACACCGAGGAGGGGUCUGAUAGGGGUGGCAUCGGUGGAAGUGGAUUUUUGGGAGCUGACGUUAUUGGAAACACGUUUAUGGAAGAGGACAUAGAUUGGGUUGCUAAAAGAAGCGAGGCAAGAGCGGGACUGCGAAAACCAGUUAGAUCUAAGGAAGAUUUAUCUAUAAUUGAUAGAGACCUUAGUGAAGAGGACGAUGAAGACGAGGGCGAUGUGGGAGUAUACGAUGAAAGCCCGAUGUCCACCCGGGAAGGCAGUUUUCACGGUUCUUUUACGAAUGGGGCAGUUAAGAGGCAAUACAAGGUGAAGGAUAUAAGCAGACUUUGGCAGUAUAGAAAUGGACGAAGCCCGCAGGUUGACGCUGUUGUUGCCAGUCUUGAGAGGAUAGACACUGUUUAAACUGAUAUUUCGAGAUUCUGGAAUAAGUUUCAGCACUG